AUGGCGCCGGCGCGGAGGGAGCCGUCCCUCCCCGACGAGAUACUGGAGGACAUCUUCCUCCGCCUCUCCGCGCCAGCCGACCUCGCGCGCGCCGCCUCCUUCCGCCGCGUCGCCUCCGGGCGCCGCUUCCUCCGCCGGUUCCUCCAACCCCGCCUCCACCCUCCGCCCCUGCUCGGGUUCCUCGAGCACAGGGGCAGGGGAGGGUUCCACCAGGCUGAGCCGCCGUACCGGUCCGCCCCCUCCGCGCGCGCCGUCGCGCAGGCCGUUGACUUCACCUUCUCCUUCCUCCCCAGCCCCGCCGGCAGCUGGCGCGUCUGUGACGCCCGCGAUGGUCGCGUCCUCCUCUCGCGGAGCGUAUCCGCCGCCACCGCCUUCGUGGACCUCGCGGCGUGCGACCCCUUGCACCGCCGGUACGUCCAGAUCCCCGGUAUCCCCGGCGAUCUACUGUCCUCUUCCUGUCCCUUUGCGCCGUACCAUGACGGCGUCGAAUUCGAGCGUUUCCUCCCGCAGGAUUCGGGGGAUGAGAAGGACGAGCCGUCGUUCCAGGUGCUCUGCAGCGUGCGGUCAUGGUACAGCGCCGUGAUCUUUGUCUUCUCUUCGGUCACCGGAGAUUGGUCUCGUCUCACCUCCAUCAGCUUCCUACCCCGUCGGGCGAUUAAGGACCCCAAAGUGUUGAUGCGCUACUACGCCUGCGGCUGCUUCUACUGGGUGAAUGGUUGGGACGGCUACAUGCUUGUGCUUGACCCGCGUGACGACAUGAAAUUGUCGCUGGUUGAGCUCCCGCGUAUCCAAGUCACCCAGCACCAAGGGCUGGCCAUUGUUGAUGCAGGGGAAGACAGGCUCGAUUACUGGAGGCACACUAGCGCUUCACUGCAGGACAUGGCGGAACAAUGGUUUUGGGCCGGAGAAAUGGCAGCGCAAGAUCAUCCCUUUGCCUGA